GAGGAGGGUAUAUUCCACUUGCAUCUUUCUCGUCCGUGCGUUUAGGGUUUAUCGGCGCCUCGGCGCCAUGAGGCUCGAGAAAUGCUGGUUUUGCUCCUCCACGAUCUAUCCAGGCCACGGCAUGAUGUAUGUGCGCAACGAUGCCAAGAUCUUUCGAUUCUGCCGCUCCAAGUGCCACAAGAAUUUCAAGAUGAAGAGAAAUCCUCGCAAGGUGAAGUGGACGAAGAUCUAUCGCAAGCUCCACGGCAAGGAAUUGCCACAGGACACUACAUUUGAGCUUGAGAGGAAAAGAAAUAGGCCGGAACGAUACGAUCGAAACGUUGUGGAGGAUACUGUCAAGGCAAUGAAGAAGAUCAGUGAGACGAGAGUGGAACGAGAAGCUCAGUUCUGGAAGAACAGGAUGAGAGGCAAGAAGACCCAACAACGCAGGGAAGAUCUAGCUGAGCUCCAGCAAGGAAUUCACCUCGUCAAGGCUCCAACAGCGCUGCUAGAGGAGCCAAGCUUGACUCUCCCCAAGGAGAAGAUGAAGGUGAAAGUCUCCGUGGAGCAGGAAUCCAAAGCGAUGGAAAGCUAGUCCUGACUCGAAAGAGUGGUACACAAAUUUUGGAAACCGACUUGGAAAAUCAAUACGAAGCUUGCAAUGGUUGCAAUUGUCCCAA